CAUGAACAGCCGCGGCGGCGGCGGGCUGCUGGCUGCAUCUGCGGGCGCACUCUGCGCUGCACGCCCGCCAGGCCUUGCCUCCGCCUCUCGCAGCCUGCUCGAGCCGAACGGGCCGGAGGCCGAGGAGCGGCCCGGACGCCUGGCAGGACUGGCCCUGGCUGCGGCGGCGGCUCCGUUUGCAGCGCUCCUCGGCGGGAUCGGCGCCUUAGUCGGCCGGGCGGAGUGCACGCUGCUUGGCUCGGCAGCUGAUCCCGCCGCCCGCCGCAGGGAGCAGCGAUGUUGGGCAACUCGGCACCGAAGGCCGCGGCCCGCGAGGCGGGCUCGGCCCUGCUAACGCUGCAGCACAAGGCGCUCCACGAGGACCAGGAGAACAUCAACCCGGAGAACGCGCUGCCCGCCCUUCAGCCACGGACCCAGGCCGCCCUGGCGGUACUGAAGGCCGGGAACUCGCGGGCUGCAGCCGCACAGCAAAGGCCCAGGACGCGACGGGUUGCACCUCUAAAGGAUCUUUGUGUAAAUGAUGAGCAUGCUGCAGUUCCUCCUUGGAAAGCCAAUGGUAAACAGCCGGCCUUCACCAUUCAUGUGGAUGAACCCGAACAGGAGCCUCCCAAGAAGCCCAACGACUCCAAAAAAUCCUCCCCCAAGUCUGAGGAUGCCUUGGCUUUUAGUUCAGCAAUUGCUUUACCCGGACAAAGAAAACCACUGGUACCUCUUGAUUAUCCAAUGGAUGGUAGUUUCAGUGGUGAAUCACCAAAUAAGAUGGACAUGUCAAUUGUAUUAGAAGAUGAAAAGCCAGUGAGUGUUAAUGAAGUUCCAGACUACCAUGAGGAUAUUCACACAUAUCUUAGGGAAAUGGAGCUUAAAUGUAAACCUAAAGUGGGCUACAUGAAGAAGCAACCUGACAUCACCAACAGUAUGAGAGCUAUCCUCGUGGACUGGUUAGUUGAAGUAGGAGAGGAAUAUAAACUACAGAAUGAGACCCUGCAUUUGGCAGUAAACUACAUCGACAGAUUCCUUUCUUCAAUGUCUGUGUUGAGAGGAAAGCUUCAGCUUGUGGGCACUGCUGCCAUGCUGUUAGCCUCGAAAUUUGAAGAAAUAUACCCUCCAGAAGUAGCAGAGUUUGUGUACAUUACAGAUGAUACCUAUACCAAGAAGCAAGUUUUGAGAAUGGAGCAUCUAGUUUUGAAAGUCCUUGCUUUUGACUUAGCUGCACCAACAGUAAAUCAGUUUCUCACUCAAUACUUCCUGCAUCAGCAGCCUGCAAACUGCAAAGUUGAAAGUUUAGCAAUGUUUCUUGGAGAAUUAAGUUUGAUAGAUGCUGACCCAUACUUAAAGUAUCUGCCAUCAGUUAUUGCUGGAGCAGCCUUUCACUUAGCACUCUACACAGUCACGGGACAAAGCUGGCCUGAAUCACUAGUCCGCAAGACUGGAUACACCCUGGACACUCUCAAGCCUUGUCUCAUGGACCUUCACCAGACCUACCUCAAAGCACCACAGCAUGCACAACAAUCAAUAAGAGAAAAGUACAAAAACUCAAAGUAUCAUGGCGUUUCCCUCCUCAACCCACCAGAGACACUAAAUCUGUAAAAGCAAAGACUGCUUUUGUUUUCUAAGAUGUAAAUCACUCAAACUAUAUCGUGUACAGAUUUUAGCUUAGGUUUUUAAUGUUAACGAUCAUUUAUGAAUACAGAAGUAUGGACAAAAACAAAUUAUGGUAUCUAUUACUUUUUUUAAAUGGUUUUAAUUUGUAUAUCUUUUGUACAUGUAUCUAUCUUAGAUAUCUGGCUAAUUUUAAGUUGUUUUGUUGAAAGUAUUAAUGAUGCCAGCUGUCAGGAUAUUGAAUUAAUAAAUUCGUUUGGAAAAUUU